AUGAUUCCACCCUGUGAUCCAGACAUCCUCGAAAACAAUCCGCAAUUUCGAAAACUUUACCAACAAUUGACAACCGCUGUGCUCAAUGCUGAUGGCUCGACCCGGGCAAAUGAUGAGCAGCCGGACAGAAAAGCGGUACUGGAAGAAUUAAGGAGCUGUCAAGUGCGCCGCGCCGCGAAACGAAUAAAGAGGCAGACGCUGAGACAGCUGGCUUUCGAUGUUGAUAGUGGGUUACCAGAUGAUUAUCGAGACCCUGUGGCCGUGAUCAUCCUCUAUCUCGAAUCGUCGCCGGAGCAGCUUGACGGUGACCACAAGGACGACCACGAUGGCGCACAAGCACUUUCCCUCCUGUCUUCAGACGUCGACGCCUUCUAUUCUAUAAUCCCUGCGCUUGUCCUGCCUUUUUCCAAUGCCCUCUCGUCCGCCGUCGAAGACCUCCGAGCCAUAGCAAACGUUGGAAGAAGCCCAGAUUGUGCCCCAUCUGUGCCCUCAUCCGCGGCAUCACACACAUCUACGGUGACUACGCGUGCUCGGGCGCGGACGAAAUUUAACAAACCCAAGGCAAAAGCGCAGGCUCCGCUUGCAUCGCAGCUCAGGGAGCGAAUACAGACACUGCGCCAAAUGCAGUUGGCGGAAUUACCGGCGGCUCGGACGAAGAUGGCGACGACAGCGGCGGAGGUCCUCGCGACCCGCGCUGAGAUACUGGAGCAGACGGUGGUGUUACUUGAGCGCGCGAAGCAUGGGGCGCUUUCGCGCGCUACAAAGGCGAAGGCGGAGCAUCUUUCUAUGGUUGCACAGGGCGCUGAGGCGAAGUUAAGUAUUAUGAAAUAUGACAUUGCGGGAACGAUCUAUACGCCUGAGGUCAUUGCGGCUUUGACCCGGUAUCGCCAGCACCUCCAGGAAACUCGAAAGCGACUAGAGGAGAAAGAGAAAAGAACACUCGCGGAAUUGGAAGCCUACGAGGGUGUGGACUCUGCCGGCAUUGAUAGCAGUCGUCCAUCUAGAGGCAUACAACACUUUGAAUCCGGCCCAAUGAAGGAGAUCGCCCGGCGGUAUGGGUCAUUGAUCAAAGAAAUUGAAGCUGUGAAGUUGGAAAUAAGAAGGCUGAAUGGCUAG